AUGGAGAAGAAGAAUCUCACCAACCCAGUGACAGAAUUUGUCCUCUUGGGCCUCACCCAGAGUCCUGAGCUGCAGCAAUUCCUUUAUGUGGCUUUCUUCAUAAUCUACAUGAACACCUGGCUGGGAAACUUCAUCAUCAUCACCACUGUGAUCAGUGACCACCGGCUCCACACCCCCAUGUACUUCCUGCUGGCCAACUUGGCUUUCCUAGACCUCAGCGACUCAUCAGUCAAUACUCCAAAAUUGCUAUCAGGUCUCCUCUCACAGCAUAAAACCAUUUCGUUCUAUGAGUGCAUUCUCCAGAUGUUUUUCUUCCACUUCAUUGCUGGUGCUAUGGGGUUUUGUCUUGUGGGGUUGGCAAUUGAUCGGUAUGUGGCCAUCUAUAAACCACUGCGGUACUUGACUAUCAUGAACCAGCGUGUGUGCGUGGGGAUAAUGGUACUGGCAUGGCUGGGUGGAUUGGCCCACUCUGCUGUUCAGAUUGGACUGCUCCUCCAGUUACCGUUCUGUGGGCCGAACGUCCUGGACAAUUUUUACUGUGAUGUCCCACAGGUCAUCCAACUGGCCUGCAUUGACACUCAGUUGGCUGAACUGCAGAUGAUCUUCAACAAUGGAGCACCGAUUAUAAUUGUAUUCAUCAUUCUGCUUGUUUCUUACACCGCCAUCUUAGUCAAGAUCAGGACACACAUCACGGAUGGGAAGCAGAAAGCUCUGUCCACCUGUGGAGCCCAGAUUAUCGUGGUAUGUUUACAAAUCAUACCCAGCAUCUUCAUCUAUGCUCGGCUCUUCAAGAACUUCACCCUGAAUAAGGUGAUCUCAGUCAUUUACACUGCAAUCACCCCAAUGCUGAACCCGAUGAUCUACACGCUGAGAAAUGCCGAGAUGAAGAAGGCCAUCAGGAGGCUGAUGAGCAGAAUGCUGUGCUCAGGGAAGGAGAUAAAUUAUGUCUCUAUCUUUCAAUGUCCUUUUGUGUUAAAAACCAGGGCUGGUGCAACCAUUGAGGAAAAGUAG